CAGUCAGAAGUUGUGACAAUAUCAGUGUUGUAAUAGAAAUCUCAGCUCCCUACUAGGCAUUUCCAUGCCUGGAGCUAUUUUUCUGGGAUUACACUAAAGGGGAGUCCCCUCUCCUACUAGUUCCCACAGAGUGGCAGCAACACCACCUCUCAGCCCCACCUCUUUACCUCCAGGUGGCCCCAAAUGCUCUGUGAAAGAGCAUGGUUCAGGUGUCAGCAUUGCAACCUAUAAGAUUUGGGGUGGGCUGGAGAGGGUACAGAAGGCUUAGAUCAAAUGUCCUGAGUGAGGCAGGACCAGAUUCUCCCCCCGCACAAAAUUGCUGGGAAGUAGCUACCAUAAACUCCUAUUUUGCAUUAGACCAACCCCAGGCAUGAACUAAGACUAUUCCAUAGUCCUUAGAUUAGUCAUGGCCUUGAAGAGAAGACAGCAACUGAGCUGUGUCUGGCAGGGAGUCUGGAGUUUCUGGUUUCCAAGCUCAAGAAGGCGUGAGCCAGGGGAGGGGCCUCCAUGUAAGGGGAGGGCGGGAAGCCGGGAAGCCGGGGCAGGGCCCCAGUCAGCUAUGCAAUGCUGCGCUGCGCAAGUGGAGGCAACACAGAACAGAAAAAGCAUACCAGCAGUCUCCUGACACUCAGGGGAGUGGAUACUCCAGCUUUGACCACCUUAGACACCACUUCUGCUCCAAAGAUUCUAACUCCAUUUGUCAUUCUGAGGCCUCUGCUUAUCCUGCAUCCCAGAGAUGGAGCCACUACUAGGAGUAAAAAUUGGCUGCCUGUUUGCUCUGCUGGCUCUCACUUUAGGCAGCGGCCUUGUUCCCAUCUGCUUCAAAUGGUUCCGGAUUGAUGCAGCCACAGGUCGACACCGCCAAGUCCUCAGCCUCUUGGGCUGCACUUCUGCUGGUAUUUUCCUGGGAGCAGGGUUCAUGCACAUGACUGCUGAAGCCCUGGAGGAAAUUGAAUCAGAGUUGCAGAAGCUUAUGGCGCAGAACAGGACAGACAGUGAGGGAAAUUCUUCUGAUGUUGAUUCAGCUUAUAUGGAGUAUCCCUAUGGAGAGCUCAUCAUCUCCCUGGGCUUCUUUGUUGUCUUCUUUUUGGAGUCGCUAGCAGUGCAGUGCUGUCCUGGGGCUGCUGGAAGAUCAACGGUGCAGGAGGAACAAUGGGGAGGGACUGAUUUCUUGGAACUCCACAGCCAUGGCCCUCUCCCCUCGCCUUCACGGAGUCCCCUCCGAGCCCUCAUCCUCUUGCUGUCACUCUCCUUUCACUCAGUGUUUGAAGGUCUAGCUAUAGGGCUGCAGCCAACAGUAGCAGCUACCCUGCAGCUCUGCCUUGCUGUCCUGGCUCAUAAGGUGCUCGUAGUGUUUGGUGUAGGACUGCGGCUGGUACAGAUAGGCACUGGAUCACAAUGGGCCGUGUUCUCCAUACUAUCCUUAGCUCUCAUGUCCCCUGUAGGCCUGGCCUUUGGGCUGGCUGUGGUUGGAGGGGACCCGGAACAGGAGCGGGGCUUAACCCAGGCCGUGUUAGAGGGUGUGGCAGCUGGAACCUUCCUGUAUGUCACCUUCCUAGAAAUUCUGCCCCGGGAGCUAGCUGGUCCUGCGGCCCCUCUAGCCAAAUGGGGCUGUGUAGCUGCUGGGUUUGCCUUUAUGGCCUUUAUUGCCUUGUGGGUCUGAGAGACUCCUGGCUUUUCUGACGGGCCUAUCUAGGAUGAUCUCCCUACCCCCAGGAGACACCUCCCAACUGGCUUUGGCUCUUGGACAUUUCUUCACUGAGACUAAAUGACAUUCACUAGGUACUGUCUUCAUGGACUGGAUCCCAGCUGUUCCUUAUAUGAGAUCACAUUUCUCACCCAGAACCAAAAAAAGGAUAUUAUGGUUGAGUGCCUAUUAAUUGGAGAAUUGGUAUAGAGACCACUCCAAAGUUGACUCUUGUCCCAUUUAUACUACUGUGUGUAAUAAAAUGUUCAUUUUGCCCUUCUCCUUUAGCCAUAUUCUAUUUCAUUUCUCCUGGUUACCUAGAAGCUGCCUGGUGCAGGGAGUGGUGGAAUGGGAAGAAUGAGUACUGGAUGUAGUAUUUUCUUCUGGAAUUAGAGCUUCUAGCCAUUCUGUGAGUUGCCAGCCACGCCCCCAGGCCUGGGAGCUUUGCUGAAAUUCCAGCAAACCCCUCCCACCUUAGCCUCAGAAGUUGGGAAAAUGAGCCAGAGUCCCCAGUAUUUAAAGGGAAAGAAGUUUAAAAACAGAAACCAUGAGGAUUGGUCAUUUUCCUACACUCACCACCCUCCCUACUCCCAGUACCUAUUGUAAGCCACCCACAACAUACCCAGCUGACUCUCAAGAUAGCCUAAAUGGAGCCUAUUUCCAUCACGUUCCUGUUUUUCUUACUGAGCCCUGUGUGGCUUCAGGGAUACUAUUGCUCUUCUUUGGGCCCUCUAUCUCCUUCCGGUGCCUCGUGCUGAGGGAUUAAAAAGCUGUGUGUUUAGAGAGGGAGAAAGGCGCCAGGUAUUAAAUGCCUGGGGUGAUUAUUUGGCUCUGCCCGGACUUAGUAGCUUUCCUUCUGCCUGCCCUACAAAUUGUCGUUCAGUCUGAGUAACCCUUAUAGUGUGUUGCUUCUCUUAAAAACUGCUAAGGACAAAUGCAAAAGCAGGUUGUCUGGAAUUGAGGAGGAACAGGAUGACUGUUGCCUCGCCCCCAGGCUAUGAGAUCAAGGAAUAUCUCAGACUUAGUGGAGAAAUAGGGAAAGAGAACGGGUGCCCUGUGAGCUCUAUUGCCCUCACCAGUUUGCCCCUUCUAGUAUUUUCAGUGUGGAAGCCCAAGUAGCCUUAACACAGACAGAUAAGAUCUCCUGCAUUUCAUUCUUGUCUUUGUCUCCUCUCCAUGCUGUUCCCCUCCCUACAAAGUAAGAAAUACUAGCCUCCUCACAAGCCCAGUUUACACACCCAGGAAUCAGUGAGAAGGCAAGCUUUAGGCUAAAAUGAUUGAUUGGUAGAUAGAUAGAUAGAUGUGUCUAACACAGGAAAUAAUUUGUUUGAAGCACCAUCCUGUUGUGUUUUCCAUUUGGUAUUAAAUGCAGUAAUGUAAUAUACUCAGAACUGUACUUAGUUAUAGUAGUAAUAAUACAGUUUCUACAUUGAGCACCUGCUACUGUGCUACUGCUUUCACAUACAUUAUUGUACCUUCACAACCCUGACAGGUAGAUAUUAUCCCCCUAGUAAGUCUAGGGAAACUGGCAUUCAGAAAAGUCAAAUAAUUUGGUCACAUAAGCUAGCUUGAAGCUAGCUAGGCUUCAAGCCCAUGUUUCUAUGAUCUUAAGAAAAGCUCAAUAUAUAGAUUCUCUUCUCUUUUCUUACCUUUACCUUACCACCCCCUCCCAUCUCCCCAACCUGUAUGAUAUGAUCCCAGAAGAAAGCAGAUAGUACAUUGGAUAAUUGAGGCAAGAUUAGUAAGGGAGUAUUUAGUAAGGUGUGGGCAGGAUUUGAACAAAGCAACAAAUGAUGAUGCAAUACCGUGGGGCUGAGUAACAACAAUGCUGUUACCUAGGCUGAAGAGAAGGAGCAGCUACCAGAAAGUAGAGACGGCCAUCCAAUAAAAGCUGUGGCCUCUAGUCAGGGAUGCAACCAACCUGCAGGGACCCAGUAAGGAAAGACCAGGGGAAAACUCUCCUACUGUUUGAUUUACUGCUAAUACCUCAUACUGGGCAAACCCAAACAGAAGCCAGAACAUAAAAAUGUCUGUUGGUGCAUUGCAGGGAGAUCAGCUUCAUGGGGCAUAAAGCAUAAUAAAGAGAUCUAGAGGGGCAAGCAGAAGAUGCCACACAUACCAUCCAUUCUCUGCUAUUCACAACUGAAGUGAUUUUGCCAAGAUUUUGGAAGGGACACAAUUAUAUGGAAGCCAGAGAGCCUAUUUCUAGUACAGAGGAUCUGUAUGGCUAUAGAAAGGAGACUUAAGGAGAAGUACGUUAGACUGUCAGGGCUCUUGAUCAUGUUCUGGACCACUGAUGCUAUUAGCAUUGAGGUAAAUGAGUCAGAGGUUGGGAUAUUAGCAGCAUGGGUAAGUCAUGCACUUCUGCCUUUUACUAUCCCAGGAGCCCUUGCCUUCCCCUUUAGCCUCCUCUGCAUUCAGCUAUCAAGGCGUACUUUCCUUCCCCAGGCCAUUUCCUUUCCUUCUCCCAAAAUUCUUACCAAUCAGGACCAGAACCAUCUUUAGUUUGAACCAUAUUGUAUCAAGAGCUGGAAUAAAGAUAGAGAAUUGCUCCAUAUAGAUAAUAUCAGGGGAGAAGAUCAGGACCAGGAAAAGGAGAUAAUCUUUGAUCAUUUUCGAAAGACAUAAAUUCCCAACAAGGAGCCAGAGAAGGCUAUAGGGCAGCAGAAGAUGAAUGUGAUUUCUGAAUGAGGUUGAAACAAGAAGGCCCCAAUAAGAACAGGCAUAAAAACCACAGGACAGGCCGGGCGCGGUGGCUCUCGCCUGUAAUCCUAGC